GGGCUUCCUGUGUUGAAUGCUAAAAACAAAUAUGGCGGACGAAAAGGAUGAAGCGUAGCAUGUUGUUAAAAAUCUGUCCAUUGUACYCGAUGAUUGUAUCAUGAGUCAGACACAAGAUGAGGCUGUAAUUGCUACAAAUAAUGAUGCGACUAAUUGCAAAAGAUUUGCUGUUCAUGUUGGAUACUGGCAAGACAAAUACAUUCAGUUCUUUGCAAAGCUUGGYGAGAGAAAAGCUCCAGAGAUAAACAGAGGAUACUAUGCACGAACCAAGGGCAUUAGUUAUUUACUGGAACAAUUCCUGGAAAUGACAGAAUCUAACUGUCAAGUUAUUAGUUUAGGAGCUGGUUUUGAUACCCUCUUUUGGCAACUCAAGGAAAAGGAUAUAGCUCCUAAAGUAUUUGUGGAAAUUGACCUUAAUGCAGUUGUAGAUAGAAAAUGUUUUUGUAUAAAGUCAAGAAAACAGCUACAAGAGGUUUUUAAACCAGAAGAUAAUCUUCAAAUUGGAAAGAGGGAGGUUCAUUCCACUUGCUACCAUUUGCUUGCUGCAGACCUUAGAGACGUCAGUAUGAUUGACUUGCAACUCAAUAGUAUUGCUUUAGAUAGGAGCCUUCCCACAAUAUUCAUAGCUGAAUGUGUAUUGGUGUACAUGGAGCCAGAAAAAUCAUCAGCUCUCCUUGACUGGGCAGGGAAAAACUUCACAACUGCUGUGUUUUUGAAUUAUGAACAGGUUAACAUGAAGGACGGCAGAAAUUGCAACCUCCUUGGUGCAUUGGUUUGUCCAGAUCUUCAAUCACAGAGAAAUCGAUUUUUGGCCAGCAGCUGGCAGGCAGCUAAUGCAUUAACAAUGGAAGACGUUUACAGAUAUCUUCCAAGAACGGAAAUUGAGAGAAUUGAAAAGCUUGAGUUUCUUGAUGAAGUUGAUUUGCUGUUCCAGUUACUGUCACAUUACUGCCUUAGUUGGGGCUAUAAUGACAGUUUAAAAAUAGGUCUCUCAAGCAUUGGUUUUUGACUAAGAAGCUGAUAACUCUAAAAGAAUUCUCAAUUUCAUCUCAUCCUUCCCUCAUCCCAUCUUUUUUCCUCUCAUUCGUUCCUGGUACUCAGCCUUGCCUCCUUUCUUACUCUCAUCCUUCACUCUCAGCUCUUCACUUUCUUGAUUUGGGCUAGUUACCUGUUUUAAAAUGCACUCUAAAACUACAAUAAGCAUAAAACCUGUUUUUAACUUAUAAAAUGUUUAUGAAGUUUAUGUUUAUGUAUGAAAUGAAGAGGAUGUGAAUUUCAUAAAAGAGAAAGUAAAYAUAUCAAGUAAAAAUUAUUUAGAAUAUCUUCAGACUCAGAUUGUAAUGGCAUAUAAAUCAUGCAAAAUCAACAAAACAAUGGUAUUUUGAUAAUAAAUACGAUACUAGCCAGAUAGAA